CCCGGGAAGGGCCUCCGUCCCUGGGCCUAAACUUAACAAACACCCAGCCUGGAGCUCCAGACCCAGGGCCCUUCCCGGUCCCUCUCACCCGGGAAGGGCCUCUGUCCCUGGGCCUAAUCUCAACCAGUACCCAGCCUACCAAUCCUCCAGCCUGGAGCUCCAAGAUGGCAUUUUGCUAUUUAGGAAGAUUUGCCGAUGGACCCAGAUGGCAAUGGUCUUCACAGAACUCAGUUCCUAUAAACCUGCGGAAGGGGUUUUUUGGUGUAAGGCCCCAGGAUCCCUCCAGACCCUUGUAUCUUCCUGGGCUACCCCUGUUACAUCCCUAUCCACCCCAUGCUGGGGCCAAAUCCUAUUCAAAGGGAUACCUGGAUGGCAAGUCAAAGUACUCUGCCAUUUAGGACAAUUCCGGGAUGAUCCCAGAUGGCAGCUUACGUAACUGCCAUUCGGGAUGAUUCACAGAUGAUCUCAAUUGACAGGUCGUUAAGGAUUUGCUAUUUAGGAUCAUUCACUGAUGGUCUCAAGUGGCAGGGACUAUCUCAAAAGGAAAAACCUGUUAGCUCAGUCUGCCAUCUCAGAGCAUUUGUCAAUGCUCUGAGAUGGCAACCCCCUGCUUUUGAUCGAAGGAAACCCCGUAGCAUGCACCCCAUGCUUGUGAGGGUGAGAAACCCCAAUUAAGCACGUGCUUUUGAUCGAAGGUAACCCCGUAUUAGCAUCAUUCACUGAUGGUCCCACGUGGCAGGGACUAUUGGAAAAACCUGGUAGCUCAGUCUGCCAUCUCAGAGCAUUGACAAAUACUCCCAAGUGGCAACCCCCUGCUUUUGAUCGAAGGAAACCCCGUAGCAUGCACCCCAUGCUUGUGAGGGUGUUAAACCCCAAUUAAGCACCUGCUUUUGAUUGAAGGAAACCCCGUAGCGUGCACCCCAUGCUUUUGAGGGUGGGAAACCCCAAUUAAGCACCUGGGUGCUUAAGUGGCGCAACACCGGAGCAUUCAGCACAUGGUCUUCAACACUGAGACACGGCCUGGACCUCGGACAGGAGGAAAAUCAGCCAGGAACUGAGGUGUCCAAGCCAGAUCCUCCAACCUGCCCCAGCUGCUCUAAAAUGGCAGAAGAAAACAGGAGGCUUUGGAAGCAGCUUCGGACAAAGGAGAAGUGGCUAAAAAAGGCAAAAGCUAAACUCCACGCAUUCGAAACGCAGGCCCUCCAAAAGACGAGCGGUGGGGGGCCUGUCGAGGCAGACCAGGGGUCAUCCGAACAAGUGGACCCCCCAGAAGAUGAGGAUGAAGACUCAUCCUCUGAGGAGCCAAAGAAGGCUGCAAAAUCGCGAUUCCCAUUGAGGGGAUUCAAAGAUUUUCCUCAACCCAUCCUGGAGUUCAUGGAGGAGUACUGGUUACACUUGAGGGGGUCCAUCGGGACCAAAAAACACGUGGAAAACCAGAAGUCCAAAUUGGGACGGGUAAUGUCCUUCCUUAGAUUUGUGAACAAGGGAAGGACAAUACUCCCCAAUUGGACUUUUCUGCAGGACCUUGAUCGAGUUCAUCAGUGGCCGGCGAAGCUCCUCAGAGAGGGGAAGGCAGAAAACACCACUAGGAAUUACCUCCUGAAUGUGAUGGAGUUCGCGGGCUACUUUCGGGACACGCCACCAAGCACCUCGCGUGUCCCGAAAAAGGCAGUGAUUGGCCUCCUAAGAGCAGUGUCCGCUGAUAUUAAACAGCUUAAAAAAGAUGUCAACGUCCGCCAGAUGUUGGUCAAAAAGCGUAAGAUCAGAAGGGUGAUUGCCAAGGAGGACCUCAGGAGGUGUCAGAGGCAGGCGUGCAGGAAAAUCCCCCAACUGCUCGACACCAUCCAGACUGACCCCAGCUCACUCAACAUACGCCGGUUCUAUGGCUACUUUGGCGUAUACCUCGCCAGUAUAUAUGGCCAUAGAACCGGCGUGUUGACCAAUAUGACCCUGGCCGAAGUGGACGAGGCGCGGGUUGACGCCAGGACCGCAGACCAGGGCUUUGUCAUUAACGUGAAAGAGCACAAGACAAAUCGGGCUUUUGGGCCAGCCCAAGUGUACCUCACAGUGGAGGAGUUUGGAUGGCUGGAGCAGUGGCUCCAAAUAAGGGAAACCCUUCAGCCAUCCACUGACCUGGUAUUUUUCAACGAGAACUACCAGAAGAUCAAGAACCUACAACAACACCUCCAGAGUGCAUGGGCAGAAAUGGGGUUCUCAGGUUCCCCCACAUUUACAGAUUUUAGGACCUCGAUAGCAACAUAUGCUAGAGAUGCAUUGUCCCCGGGAACCCGGACAAAGGUCAGCAAAACGAUGUGCCAUGACACCGCCACAGCGGAGAAAUUCUACGCAAUGCACCAGACAGCUACACAGCUGUCUGAGCUGCGUAAAAGGUUCCAGGAGGCUACGGACCCGGCAGUCUCAGGUCCCGGGAAAGUGGCGGAGCCUGUCAUCCUGGAGUCUUCCAGCGAUGAGGGAGAAGGCGAGGGUCCUGUGAAGAAGAAGAGGAGAGUAGCACCCAGGGUUGGUUCCACAAGCCAGGAGUCCCCAGAGGCCAGGGCAGAGUCCACGGAGGCCCAGGCAGAGUCCACGGAGGCCCAGGCAGAGUCCACGGAGGCCCAGGCAGAGUCCCAGGCAGAGUCCCAGGCAGAGUCCCAGGCAGAGUCCCAGGCAGAGUCCCAGGCAGAGUCCCAGGCAGAGUCCCAGGCAGAGUCCCAGGCAGAGUCCCAGGCAGAGUCCCAGGCAGAGUCCCAGGCAGAGUCCCAGGCAGAGUCCCAGGCAGAGUCCCAGGCAGAGUCCCAGGCAGAGUCCCAGGCAGAGUCCCAGGCAGAGUCCCAGGAUGAGUCCCAGGAUGAGUCCCAGGAUGAGUCCCAGGACACACAGAGGAAAAGGGGCCGACAAAGUUUGUCAUUCACACCAAAAAGAAGCCCCUUAAUGCUAUACAGGUUGCGGGAGCGACAGCGGCGGAGCACACCGCGUGUGUUUCGCCUGAGGGCCAGACAAAGAAAGUUCCAAUAGUUAUUUAUUUAUUGUUCUUUGUAAUAUAGUUAUUUAAUUCUUGAUAAUGGUGUUAUAUUUUUGUAAAUAAAUGUAAAUAUUGUUUAAGAAAUUAUUUAUUUAUUGUUCUUUGUAAUAUAGUUAUUUAAUUCUUGAUAAUGGUGUUAUAUUUUUUGUAAAUAAAUGUAAAUAUUGUUUAA